AUGCCACAGUCGAUCAACAUUACAGAAUAUGCCUUAGUUACAGAUGAAAUUAGGGCCUUGGAGGGGAGGAUUAAACUGUUGGAAGAGGAAAAACAGGAGUUUUUGAGAUUUGUUCAAACUAAAGUAGAUGACGUCGGUUGUGUUCAACUAACUUCAGCAACAGAGAUUGAAGGUUUUGUUACAGAAAUGAAACAAGAUUUUAUAAGAGAGAUUCACUGUCUAGAUGAAGGCUUACCAAUUUACAGCAAGAGAUGUGAAAUAUUAGUUAUGAUCAAGGAAAACCAGAAUUACUUUGGUUUAGAUGACAAAGCUAUCCUAACAAUCCCUAGUAAAAGGUUUCCUGUAGAGGUUGUGUGGAGAAGCAGUGACAUCCAGAAAAAACACAACUACGUGGUAGAAGCUGUAGAGCAAGCCAUUGAAGUACACGAGAAGGAACCGCCAGGGGAUAUUAUCAUUUUUCUAACCUCAUCUACAGAAACAGAAAAAGCUGUGUCUCUAUUACAAAAUGAAAUAAGAGAAACAAAUAAGUGGAAAGAUUUAUUUUGCUUUCAAAUUCAUGAACAGCAAGAUAUUCAAGAUCAACAAGAAGUGUUUAAACAAGCACCAAAAGGGAAAAGAAAGAUAAUUUUUGCCACAAAUAUUGCUGAAUCUUCUAUUGUCGUAGAUGGUGUGACCUAUGUAAUAGACUCGGGGAUGGUCAGAAACGUGCAGUACUUCCCACAGAAGAAUGCCAGUACUCUUGUUGUUUGUUUACAAUCAAAAUGUUCGGCAGAACAGAGAAAAAGUUGUGCAGGUAGAACUCAAACUGGUAAAUGUUUUCGACUUUUUAGUAAAGCAAAUUAUGAAAACAUGGAUCCUGAUACUAUUCCUGAGAUCAUGAGAAUAGAUAUUUCCACGGCAUUAUUAAAAAUCAAAAAUGUUUUUUCUGGUAACCAUCUUCUGUUUGAUUUUGUGGAAAAUCCCCCAGAGGAAAACCUGAAACGAUCAUACGGCUAG